AUGGCACCAAAGAAGAACGCCCGCGAGUCGACGCCCUCGGCAGCUUCUACCACGAAUGCUAGCACCACCACCACCACCAGUGGCUCCGCUCCCGCUGCGUCGGUGAAAGCUGCGACCACGUGGGACGACAUCCUCCACAACUUCUGCCAGCAUUAUUUGAAGCAAACCCCCCAGCGGAUCAAGCUCAUCGAUGCUUUCCUCCUUUUCCUCGCCGUCGUCGGCGCUCUGCAGUUCAUCUACUGCGUUGUGGCCGGCAACUACCCCUUUAAUGCUUUUCUUGCUGGCUUCUGCGCCACGGUCGGACAGUUUGUCUUGACAGUGUCGCUGAGAAUUCAGACGACCGCAUCGAACAAGAGCGACUUCCCAGCAGUGUCCCCCGAAAGGGCCUUUGCCGACUUUGUCGUUUGCAGUCUCAUCCUGCAAUUCUUCUGCGUCAACUUCAUCAACUGA